CGCCGCAACGGAUAAAACCAUGCUAGAUUGAGGGUAGUUUUUUAGUUCAAGUUCCUAUUUGGUUGAAGGAAGUUCUCACUUGUAGUAAAAAACCUGAGGGAGUUCAACAAUGCUUGCGUUUAUCUUUUGCUGUGCUCUUCUAGUUGGUUCAUCCAUUGCCCAAUCCAAUGAGGUGAAAUGUUACACAUGCUACGACAAGGGAGAUUGUGAUAGUAAUAAAGGCAGUGUUCAAACCUGCAAUGAAGAGCAAGUUACAAAAAAUCAUAAUAUGUUAAAAGUUUCGAACCCGGAUUUACAAAAUGUGGAUCCAAAAGGACCAUACAUUUGUUACGAUUAUGAAACCAAGGAUGUUCCUGUGGAUCCUGAAAAUCAAGUCAGCUAUUAUGCCGGAAAAGGGUGCACAACUGUUGCUGUGAAGGAUAGUUUCUGCAAAGGUUGGAUUGAACAGCUCACUGUUGUGCGCUGUAGAACCUGUGAGACCGAUGAUGGAUGUUCUAGCAUGGAUGUAACUACAACGACUGCGGGAACAACCUCUUCUGGAACACCAUCUGGUGGGACUUCCUCUGCUGGAACUUCUCCUGGUGGAAGUAGCACCACGAUCAAACCGACUCCUACUGGGACAACUACUACCGCUGCUCCGGGAAGCUCUUCAAACAGAAAUAGUCUCGGGGUGGUUGUACUGCUCUUUGCCAGCGUUUUUUUGAUACUUGUUAAGGUGUCACUGUGAAGCUUUGUCUGAACGUAGAAAUAUAAAACUACUUUUUUCAACGAAA